AUGGAUCAACAAGAAUCAGAACGAAAAUGCUCGAAACGGAAAUUGACUAACAUAAAUGUUGAUUUAGAUGUUGAAUAUUUUGACAAAAUUAAAAAAAUAUUCCUAAUUGAACGAUACAAACCACCACCAUUUGAAACGCGAAUACAAUCAUGGUUGAAUGGUACCAUUGAGAUAUCACCAGAAAUCGAUUGUGAAAUUUAUUUCACUAAGGAUCUCAUAAAAAUAAUAGAUACUAUCCAUGAUGAUUUAGUAGGUGCAAAUAGAAUGUUUAAGCACUACAUUCCUGAUACUGAGUUCAGGAAGAUUUGGUGGAAAAUUCUUGAAAUUUAUCCCAAUCCCAUAAGAAAACGAUUUGAUAAUUUUAAUUUUCAAAUUGGAUCUAGCCGAGAUCCAUUGAUAUCAUUUUUAAUGGAUAAGGUACGAAAUAACAACGCAAAGUAUAAUCAACGCAAACGACGAGCUUCCAAAAAAUUAACAACAACAAUUACCGUUGCUUAA